UCUGCAGUAAAGAUUUAUGGGAAAUGUUAGAUUCGCAUUCUGAUGUGUUGAUGGGGUAAGGCUUGUAGUCAACUGCCAAUUUUGAUUUGUAUCUAUGAAUAAUACAUCAUAAACACAGAACUUAAGCUUUGUACACGACCAUACUCUCUUAACGACUGGCGAGCGGCUUCUGUGCCCUUCAAAUGACUUCAACGAGAGCCGAUGUUCAGGAACUGGCUAACCUUCUGGGCAUCAUAUCCGAGGAUGCCUGCAGCAACACCUUCGAGAGCCUGUCCACCGCCUUCCACCACUUCUUCGGCAAAGCCGAACAUUUCCGAGUGGGCUCGGUUCUGGUGAUGCUGCUUCAGCAACCGGACCUCCUGCCCAGCUCCCCGCAGCGGCUCACGGCGCUGUACCUGCUAUGGGAGAUGUACCGGACGGAACCACUGGCGGCCAAUCCGUUCGCAGCGGUGUUCGCACACCUGUUAAACCCGUCAUCGGCGGGAGAGGAGCAGGAGAAACCGCUGUCCGGCUUCCUGCCGCCCAUCACGCUGCCGGAGAAGUACUUCCUGUCGCAGCUGAUGCUGGCUCCGCCCAGAGAGCUGUUCAAGAAGACGCCGCGCCAGGUGUCCUGCAUGGACGUAGGCUCCGCCCCCCAGCCCAUCGACAUCAGCGGCCUGCAGCUCGCCCUCGCAGAGCGCCAGUCGGAGCUUCCCACUCAGAGCAAAGCCAGUUUUCCCAGCAUCCUCAGCGACCCAGACCCUGACUCGUCUAACUCGGGCUUCGACAGCUCAAUAGCCAAUCAGAUCACAGAGUCGCUAGCCACAGGCCCACGCCCCCCGAUGGAAAGUCACUUCCGUCCGGAGCUGAUCCGGCCGCCCCCCCCGCUGCACGUGUGUGAGGACGAGCUGGCGUGGCUGAGCCCGUGUGUGUGUGAGCCGGAGCACUGCGUGCAGUGGGACCGCUCCAUGUGUGUGAAGAGCGCCACCGGCCUGGAGAUCAAGCGCAUCAUGGCCAAGGCCUUCAAGAGCCCGCUGUCUGCAGCGCAGCAAACACAGCUGCUGGCGGAGCUGGAGAAGGAUCCUAAGCUGGUGUACCACAUCGGCCUGACUCCCGCCAAGCUGCCCGACCUGGUGGAGAACAACCCGCUGGUUGCCAUAGAGAUGCUGCUCAAGCUCAUGCCCUCCAGCCAGAUCACCGAGUACUUCUCCGUGCUCGUCAACAUGGACAUGUCCCUGCACUCCAUGGAGGUGGUCAACAGGUUAACCACAGCUGUGGACCUGCCUCCAGAGUUCAUUCAUCUCUACAUCUCCAACUGCAUCUCCACCUGUGAGCAGAUCAAAGAUAAAUAUAUGCAGAACCGGCUGGUGCGCCUGGUGUGUGUGUUCCUGCAGUCUCUGAUCAGGAAUAAGAUCAUCAACGUGCAGGACCUGUUCAUCGAGGUGCAGGCCUUCUGCAUCGAGUUCAGCCGCAUACGCGAGGCUGCCGGGCUCUUCCGCCUGCUCAAGACGCUGGACAGCGGAGACACGCCCGCCGAGGGGAAACCUCAGAAGUAACACACACACACACACCACAGAGAGAGAGAGAGACCACGUACGAGGUGCUGCCGGCUCUUCCGCCUGCUGAAGACAUUGGACAGCGGAUAGAACACACGCACACACACACAAACACACACACAAACACACACACAAACACACACACGGAAAUGAAUUUCUCUCUCACACACAAGACUCAGCCCAUCUUCACUGCGAGUUUGAGUGAUGCCCCCUGAUUGCCUAGAAUUCAGCCAAUUCACUGACGUACACACACACACACACACACACACACACACAUACAUAUUUACACACUUCAGAAUGGUUCAAAUUCAGCCCAUUUGAAAUACACACGCAUACCAGCCUCGUUUGUGUUGGUGCGUCUGGUUGUCAGGAUGCUGGACUGUGGCUGUGUGUGUGUGUGUGCGCACUAGAGAGUGUAUUUGAGUGUGUGUCUUGUCACUGACCCCAAUUAAAGAGCCGUGUGUGUGUGUUAGCUCAGUCUUGGUAGAGAGAGAGAGAGAGUGAGAGGGAGGAUAAAUGAGCACCUCCAUGGUUCUUGCCCAAGUCUGAAAUAAAUACAUAAACAAA